AUGGAUUCAAGAAUUUGGAGCAAACUACCGGAGAGGCUGCUGGAUCGCGUCGUGGCGUUCCUCCCUCCACCGGCGUUCUUCCGAGCUCGUUGUGUCUGUAAAAGAUGGUACGGCCUUCUCUUCUCCGCCACCUUCCUUGAAUUGUAUCUCCAACUUCCGCCGCACCGCCGCCAUUGGUUCCUUUUCUUCAAGCUCAAGGCAAAUAAGACCCAAAUUUACAGAAAUUGUGGUGGCCACUCCCGCCCCAUCUACGAAGGCUACCUCUUCGAUCCAUACGACGUGGCGUGGCACCGCCUCUCCUUCGCUUUAAUCCCGCCGGGAUUCUCACCGGUGGCCGCCUCCGGCGGCCUAAUCUGCUGGGCACCGGACGGCGGAGGUCCCAAAACCCUAAUCCUCUCAAACCCAAUUCUAGGGACACUCUCCCAACUUCCCCCAACGACAAGACCACGCCUUUUUCCGUCGAUCGGCCUCGCCGUAACGCCAUUCUCCGUCGACAUAACCAUCGCCGGCGAUGACUUAAUUUCCCCCUACGCCGUGAAAAACCUCACCGCCGAAACGUUCCAUAUUGACGGCGGCGGGUUCUACUCCAUAUGGGCCACGUCAUCCACACUCCCCCGGCUAUGCAGCUUGGAGUCCAGCAGAAUGGUCCACGUGGACGGAAGAUUCUACUGCAUGAACUACAGCCCAUUCAGCAUCCUAGCGUACGACAUGUCGGAGAACAAAUGGUGGAAGAUCCAAGCGCCGAUGCGUCGGUUCCUACGGUCUCCAAAUUUGUUGGAGAGCAGAGGAAAGUUGGUGUUAAUGGCGGCGGUGGAGAAGAGCAAGCUGAAUGUUCCAAAGAGCUUAAGGGUAUGGGCCCUACAAGGGUGUGGGAUGACGUGGAUAGAAAUGGAGAGAAUGCCACAUCAGCUCUACGUGGAGUUUGAGGGGAUUGAGAAAGGGAGUGGAUUUGAUUGCGUGGCACAUGGGGAAUUCGUGGUGAUUAUGAUAAAAGGGUGUUGGGAUAAGGCUGCGCUUUUGUAUGACGUGUGCAAGAGGACGUGGCAGUGGAUUCCACCGUGUCCCUAUAUUGUUGGAAGUAAUGAUGAUGACGGGGAAGACCAAGUGGUGUUGCAUGGGUUUGCUUAUGAUCCGAGGUUGGCCACGCCGGUGACUGGACUCAUUCAUCAGCUCUCUUCUCUUCCAUUUCACAAUUUCAAUGCUAAUUAA